ACGUCAUAGUAACAUGUGACCAAUCGCGCGCUUCCAGUGGUGACCAGUGCGGCGGGAGAGGGAGAGAGAGAGAGUGAGUCGGCCCGCUGGGUGGCUGGAGAUCCUGAGCACUCUGGGCGGCUUUUCAGUGUUGUGAGAGCUGCCGCGGAAUCAUAUAUUGUAUGGAUUGGGCUGACUUUGGACAUGAUAUGGUUACUCAUCACUUGAAAGUAACAGACAUUGUGCAUCAAAGUAAUUGUAAGUCUAGAAAAGGUCGGACUCAGUGGUAUUGUCUUAUCUCUAGUGCACGUACAUAACAAUCCUCAAGAUAGCCAGAAACUCCACUCUCAUUUCACGCGUCACCAGUUCAGCCGUCCGUCCUGUCUACCAACACAAUCGGGACCUGCUGGAGUCCACAAAUUUGAAAGUUUAAGUGAAAAAUAUUGUGGGGAAACAGUGCUUAUAAAUAUAUGUUUAGUGUGAAAUUAGAAGACAUCUGCAACUGAAAUCAUAAUCAAAACUUGUCAGAAUGAGCAAGUUUCUUCCUAUGUUUAAAAAGAAGGGGAAGGGGAAGGAGGAAGAUGUCAUUGAGGAAACAAAGAAGAAGCGAAGCAAAUCGCACAAGCUUACCAAAGAAAUCCUCUCAAGUCCGUCCCCUAGUGCUGUGUCCAAGACAGAGAAGAAAAGAAAGACCCCUAAACGCAAGGCCCCACUUCCACAGGGGAAAGAAAACUACCCUUCAGUGGAGGAGCUAGAGAAAGAAUUCUUUAUAGAUGACAAGGGCAUUGUGCGAGAGUGCCCUUCUGAACUGUAUGUUGAUGCAUCUGGUGUAGUGAGGGAGGGACCCAGAGAGCUGUUUAUUGAUAAGGCAUUAACUCUUGAGGAUUCCAACCCAGAAACUGUCUCUGACACAUCACAUGAAGAUUGUUCACUAGCUAAUGAGAAGCAGGAAAAUGGCUCUCCACAGAGCAAUGAAAAGAAUAAGGACAUAGAGGGACUUCCAACUAAAAAUUAUACAUUUGGUUCAGAUAAUAGUCAUGAAACUUCUUUUGAAGAUCCAGAACAUGAAUCCUUAUUGAAAAAUAAAAAAAACAGUGAAGAUGAAAAGAGUGAUGGUGAUGGUGGAGAGAAAACUGUAAGUUCAGAGAAAAAUGGGGAUGAGUGCGUUGUCACUCUACGAAGCUUUAAAGAAACUGCAGCAAAUGAAUCUUCUCUCAAUGCAAAGUUGGCAAGCAGGCUGAGUAUGUCUGAAGAACUACAAUAUUGGCAGGAAGAAGAAGCAGUAAUACUGGAAUGUGAAACUGUAACAGAUUCCAUUGAAGAUAUCCAGAAAGAACCAGAAGUAGAUAACAAAGUAUUAGAAAAUGUUCAUGAGGUUGUUGAUGUAAAUGAGUCUGUAAAUGCCCCCCUUGUCAGUGCACCAGACAUUGCAGAUGAUCAUGUGACAGUAAAAGCAGAGGAAAAUGCUGAGGCAGAGGCUGAGGUUGAGAUUGCGGAGGAGAGAGCAUUGUCAGUAGCACAUGAAGAUAGUCUAGUUGAAACUUUCUAUACCAACACCGCUGACAGUGAUGAUGAUUUUGACUCGGCAAAAGAAGACUGGGAUGAUGAAGACAGUGAUGAAAAAGAAUCCAAAGAAAAUCAAAGUAACUCACAACUAAAGGAGGACUUUGAGCUGUCAAAUGGUAGUGAAGGACUUACAGAAGCUGAAAAUAUAGAAAUGAGAGACAGAUAUGAAGGACAAUGCUCCAGACAUGCAAGCACCACAUCUUCAGUAUAUCAGGAUGCUCCCAGUAGAGAAAACUCAUUAUUUGAUAUAGAUUCAAUUAUUGAAGCUACAAAUGAUGGUCAGGGAUCAGUAGAAGGAAAUUUAACUGAAUCAAGUCAACCAAACAGACUUACACGUAAGGUUUCCAAUGUAUCAGCUUGUUCCAGUGAUAUUUUUAAUGAAGAAUUAGAUGACUUGCUUAAUGAGGAACUGGAUAGAUUAUCAGAGGAAGAAACCAGUGCCGCCAAUUUGCAGAGCUCUGUUGAUGAAGGGGCCUCAAAAGUGUCAAAGGAAGAGUCUAGUCCACAAUCACAGCACCAAAUGGUAACACAACAGAAUUUACCUGAGGUGCCUCAUUCAGAAAAUAGUGAAGUUGCAACUGCAGUAGAGCAAGAAAUUGUUAAAGGUAUCUCCUCAGAGAACGAAAGUAAGAAUGCAAGUGAAAGACCAAAUGAGGAAUCCAUUGAUGAUAUCAUAACUAGUACACCAGGAGAGAAUGAAUCAGAUGGUUGUACAACUUCCCAAGAAGAUAAAAGUUCAGAGCAUAAUGCAGCAGAAGAAAGUGUCACAGGCCGAACAGCACAAACAUCAGAAGGGCUGGACCAGGCCAAGGACAGUGGGUACUACAGCUUGCCUAUGUCCCCUAAACCCAACACAGUCACAGUGAGUGAGAGGGAGCAAGCAGCAUCAGCAGAGCCCUCAGUGCCUCAGGAUUCACUUAAAGAUAGUGGAGAGGAAGAUCGGCCAGUUCCCACAGCUGAAAUGACAGUAUCCACAUCUGUAUUAGAGACACCUGAAGUGCAAAAAUCCUUAUUGGAAGACUCAGUGCCAGAUCAAACAGAUGCAAGUGUGCCAGCUGAACUCUCUCUGUCGUGUGCUGCACCUGAGGAGGGCGAGGAGGUUCCUUCUGUCAUUGAAGUUAAUGAAUCAACUGCAUUGGUGGAGGAUAAGAGUGAAGAAAACUCAGAAAUGCCUCAAAAGGUGGAUGAAAAGAAAAGACCCACGCUAGAAAGAUUUAAAACCCCUCCACCUGACCUAAAAGGCACAGCAUCCUCACCAGGGCUUGGUGGCCCUGUCCCAGGCAGACAUCCAAGAUACAAGUCACCAGGUUUUGGUUGUGAGGGUGGCAGACAUGGUGAUGAGAAAAUAUUGAGUCCUGAUCCUGUGGGAGACAUGUUUCUGCAACAGGCUGUGUGUAUGUCCCAUGAAGAAGCUGAGGCGCGGUUAGCCCAGCGGCGUGCAGCGAGAGCUGAGGCAAGGGAGCUGAGGCUACGGGAGCUUGAAAGGCAACAACAUGAACAAGAGAAUGAUGAAGAGAAGCAGUUUGCUUCUCCAUCGUACUCAGAUGAUGAUGACUGCGAAGAUGAUGAGUGUGAUGAGGAGGAAGAACCUUUGUCACGGACAGGGCUGGGGAGGGCUGCUGCCCGAUCAUCUGGUAUGAACUGCAGCGGCCAGUACUCCCGCAGAUCCUCAGAAGACUCCACCACUGAUGAGGCAGCACUCCCGGCCAAUGUUAGAGAGAUGAGGGCGGAGUUGAAGGAGCUGGAUGAGAAGUUCCGCAAGGCUAUGAUCACCAAUGCACAACUUGAUAAUGAGAAGGCGACAUUAACAUUUGAAGUUGAACUAAUGAAAGAUAGGUACACAGAACUAGAGGAAGCACACACACAGCUAACGAAAGAACAUCGAAAGAAAUGUACUGAAUAUGAACAAUUGAGAAAGGUGUCAACAAAGUUGCAGGAAGAAGUAAAAAUCUUGCGCAGCAUGUUACAAGAACGAGAUCAGUUAAUACAGGAAUAUGGCUUAGUUGUUAUGGGUGAAGAGGAGAAUGGGGAUGAUACUGACCACAUAGAGGAAGAUGAUGAUGUAGAUGACUUAUCUCCGAGGAAGCUGUCCGUGAAGAAAGUGUUGGUGUCACAGGAGGCUGCUGAGCUGCUUUCAAAGGGUGCAGCAAAAGGCUCAUUAGAUGUAAGGUUAAGGAAGUUUGGUGAGGAGAAAAAUGAUUUAGAAGACCAAGUUAGAAGACUGAAGCUUGAACUCGAAGAAGAAAGAAACAAGAACAGAAGAAGAGAGAACGGCUUAGAUUAUGAGAAGCAAAAGGAACAAAGCAAAACUGUAAACGAAUAUAAGUUUAGAGUUCAGAAGGCUGAGGCAGAGGUUUCAACGUUGCAGGCAAAUGUGGUGAGACUGGAUGCUCCUCUUAACUCGAUAUUAAAACCCAGUCAGAAGAGCUGGAAUCAAGUGAAGAGGAACUAAAGUUAGAGAAACGGAAACUGCAAAGAGAGUUAAGAGAUGCUCAGAGUAGAUUAGAAGAACUGGAAACUACAAAUAAUCAUCUUAUAAAAAGGUUUGACAAACUAAAGAAUGCAAGAUCUAAUCUCCUUAAGGAUUUAUCUCAAGACCCAGCGUGAGGGGUUGAGCCAGGGAUUUUGGUUGACACGCCCCUCAGAAAUAUUCUCUGCUGCCAAUCUUCAGCUUGUAAGUCGCAAUAUUUGGUCAGGGUGUGUAUGCAACGGGUCCAUAGCAAGGAAUCCUUCCUUGGUGGUAUGGAAGGAGUGGGAGUAAUUUCUACCUGUUUGUAACUGUAAACAUGGUGUUGAUCUUUUUCCGUAUGUUUUUAAGGAGUGUUAUAGGUUUUCUCUGCAUUGGUAGAGAAAAUUCUCUAUAUAUUUUUUAAAACAACUGGAUAUAGGUCAUGAUAGCAGGCACUCAUGUUUAAGCUCUAACCACUGAAUGUAGCUUGUUUACAAGUUGAAGGCUUGCUGAACACCACAGUUACUACUUAACCACCUCAUAGACUGUGAUGUUUGUGGUAUUGGAUACUCGUCUCUCAUAAACUAUUUUGCAAUGAAUGCCUUGGUGCCUCUAGCCUUUUACAACUAUUGCAGUUAUCUUACUUAAGUAAUGAGAGCUGCAAAAUUGUCUAGGUAGCACUGCUAAUGUUAAUUUCACCUAAGCUAAAGCUUUUUAAUAACCCAGCAAACUCGAGCUGUUGCUGCCAGUGACCAGCCUUAACCUAUGAAUUGCAGUGGAUUUUGUAAUUAGGUCACUUUUUGCCAUGAAUUUUAUUAGUUUUCUACAAUAUGGCAAUGAUGAGUGUAGGAACUGCUCUUUUGAAACUAUCAGAAGCUUAAUGACAGUAGACACUAACAGUAAGAAUAUAUGAUUGAUUCCAUACAAGGAAGGAGCAGAAUUAUGCCAUAUAUAUAUAUAUAUAUAUAUAUAUAUAUAUAUAUAUAUAUAUAUAUAUAUAUAUAUAUAUAUAUAUAUAUAUAAAUAUAUAUAUAUAUAUAUAUAUAUCAAGAAUUUUUUUUUUUUUAUACUAUUUAUUAGGAACAUUAUUUCUAAAGUAGCUUUUGGAAUUUUUUAUAUAGAGUUCUAGGUGUGUUAAUUUAUAUUUCUGAUGCUUUCUCAUAACCAAUUUCCUUUUUUUAGAGUAAUAUUCAGUAACUAGCAAGGAACUGUUAUUCAGUUUGAAUCAUGAUUUUCCUUUUUAUUCAUGCAUCAAUCUUAAAGGCUUAUUCACUUCCUGUAUGGACUGUUUUGAAACUGUUUGGAAGUGUCUUGAACAAUGUGAUCAACAAAGUCUAAUCUCUGUCCAUAAUUCUCAAUGCCGUGACAUAGUGCACCAAACAACUACAUAUUAGUUAACAAGGUUGGUUCAAAGGUUUAUUUAUAUUGGUGUCCAAAUAUUCUCUUGUUACUUUGUUAUUGUUGUUUUAGUGAGAUGUGUAUAGAGAAGUGAGACAGAUUGACUGUGGCCAUAGCUAGUCCUCCUCUCCCCAAGUGAGCACAAAACCUGUACCAUGUGCAUUAUUUAUUGUUAUACACUUGAGCUGUUUGGGGGUUUUACAUUGAAUACAAAUUGCUAACAGGAAUUAUUGUUAUAUAUAUAUCCAUACUGUUUUGUAAAUCCAUGACUUGCACAUUUUACAUAGAAAUAUUUAUUCUUGAAAUAGGAUUGCAUUUUUCUUCUUUUUUUUUUUCUGUAUUUUUUCUUAUUAAAGCAGCUGCAUUUUUUUUUCUCACGAUUAUUAUUAUUAUUACUAUUAUUGUUUGUUUUAUUCCUAACAGAAAUAGAAAAUAAAGCAUGUAAAAUUAUGAUGUUUUACAUAUAGCAAUUUUCAUAUUCUGUAUGAAUUUGUAUCUACACAAUCACUGUAAUAGUGAACUGUUAUUAUCUUCUCCACAUUUGGUGGAUCUCUCUCUCUCUCUCUCUCUCUCUCCAUCUCUCUCUCUCUCUCUCUCUCUCUCUCUCUCUCUCUCUCUCUCUCUCUCU